CGACUCGUGAAGCUACCUACCUCUUCAUCUACACACCGCAGGUGACAAUGACCUUAUAAUAGAAUACAGUGGUUGAUUGAUCUUCAGCCAAAAGCAACCAGAAGGCAAUGCAAGCAAGUAAGCAAGAUCUGAGCGACGAGGUUCCUUGCUGCGGUGUAACCUGCUUCACUCCCAUUAAGGGAACGAACGCACUUCUUCUUCUUCUUCACGUCUUCCCUUUCGCACUUCUGCACUUCCUUCUGCACUUCCUGUUUCUGUGCGUCACUAAUCAUCCCGCCCUCAUUGGUCCAUGCCACAUCCGAGGGUGGGGCAUCAAAGCAAGCAGCUGCGAUACCGGAGAGUCAAUUCAAAUUCAAAUACACCCCGCACAUUGCAAACAAAAAGCUCAACAACAACCUCAACUUCAACUCAAAACAACACUUCUUACACUCUUGCAGCUUCUGUUCCACUUUUCAUCCCCGGUAGACAGCUCGCUUCCCCAAACUUCGCAAUGCCUACAGCUGAAGGAAGACCGCAAACUCUCUACGACAAGGUCUUCCAAGACCACAUCGUAGACGAGAGACUCGACGGAACUAUUUUGUUGUACAUUGACAGACAUUUGGUUCACGAAGUCACAUCCCCACAAGCAUUCGAGGGAUUGAAGAAUGCCGGACGAAAGGUCAGACGACCAGACUGCACUCUUGCAACUACUGACCACAAUGUCCCUACGACAUCGAGGAAGAAUCUCAAGAACAUCGAAACGUUCGUCGAAGAAGAAGACUCGAGACUCCAAUGCAUGACCCUCGAAGACAAUGUCAAGGACUUUGGCAUCACAUACUUCGGACUGGGCGACAAGCGCCAAGGCAUCGUCCACAUAAUUGGCCCCGAGCAAGGUUUCACCUUACCUGGCACAACGGUUGUGUGUGGUGACAGUCACACUUCUACACACGGUGCCUUCGGAGCUUUGGCUUUUGGCAUUGGUACAAGUGAGGUAGAGCACGUUCUUGCCACUCAAACCUUGAUCACAAAACGAAGCAAGAACAUGCGGAUACAAGUCGACGGCGAGUUAGCACCAGGUGUCAGCUCCAAAGACAUCAUCCUCCACGCCAUUGGUCAGAUUGGUACUGCUGGUGGUACUGGCGCUGUUAUUGAGUAUUGUGGAUCUGCGAUUGAAGCCCUCAGCAUGGAAGCAAGAAUGUCCAUCUGCAAUAUGUCAAUUGAAGGUGGGGCCAGAGCUGGUAUGGUCGCCCCCGACGAGAUCACGUUCGAGUAUCUCAGAAAUCGUCCACUUGCACCAAAGUACGGUUCAGAUGAGUGGAACAAAGCCGUAAGCUACUGGAAGAGCCUCAAGUCAGACCCAGGCGCUAAAUACGACAUUGAUGUCUUCAUUGACGCCAAGGACAUCACUCCCACUGUCACUUGGGGUACGAGUCCAGAGGAUGUUGUACCCAUCACUGGCAAAGUCCCUGACCCAGAAACCUUCGCCACCAAGGAGAAGCAGGCCGCUGGACGACGAAUGCUAGAAUACAUGGGGCUUACUGCCGGUACCCCGAUGGAGGACAUCGUACUCGACAAGGUCUUCAUUGGAUCUUGCACAAACGCACGCAUCGAGGACCUUCGAGCUGCCGCUUCUGUCGUUAAGGGUAGGAAAGUAGCACCGAACAUUAUGCGAGCCAUGAUUGUUCCCGGCAGUGGUCUUGUGAAAGAUCGUGCCGAAGCUGAAGGCCUCGACAAGAUAUUUGUUGAUGCUGGUUUUGAAUGGCGAGAAGCAGGAUGCAGCAUGUGUCUUGGCAUGAAUCCUGACAUCCUGGCACCAAAGGAGCGUUGUGCAAGUACAAGUAAUCGGAAUUUCGAAGGCCGACAAGGAGCUGGCGGUAGAACUCACUUAGUUUCCCCCGUCACAGCUGCAGCUUGUGCAAUCGUUGGAAAACUUACAGACGUCCGAAAGCUCGCCGAUACAAAUGCCACCCCUCGAAAAGCAUCGCCACAACCUAUGCAAGUGCAACCUUACGUUGAUGAGAGAGUUGAUACCGAUGACGAUGAACGCGAGAUGAUUGGUGAUCAGCCGGAAGAUAGCUCGCCUACUACGAACACGAGCGCCUCACGCAGCUCCUCCGCUGGUCUUCCCAAAUUUACCGUCUUCAGGGGCAUUGCCGCACCUUUAGAGCGUGCCAACGUUGAUACAGAUGCUAUUAUUCCGAAACAAUUCUUAAAGACGAUCAAGAGAACCGGUCUUGGCUCAGCUCUGUUCCACGCGCUCCGAUAUAACGCCGAUGGGUCCGAAAAGCCAGAAUUUGUUCUGAAUCAGGAACCUUAUCGCCAGUCCAAGAUACUUGUGGUAACGGGGCCGAACUUUGGGUGCGGCAGCUCUCGAGAGCAUGCUCCAUGGGCUCUUCUUGACUUUGGUAUCAAGUGUGUGAUUGCUCCUACGUAUGCCGACAUCUUUUUCAACAACACUUUCAAGAACGGUAUGCUUCCCAUCGCCAUCACCAACAAAGAUGACCUUGAAAACAUUGCCGGGGAGGCUCGCGCUGGGAAAGAGGUUGAAGUCGACCUUCCAAACCAAGUCAUCAACGAUGCCAGCGGCAAGAAGAUCUGCAGUUUCGAUGUUGAGGAAUUCCGAAAGCACUGCUUAGUCAAUGGCCUUGAUGAUAUCGGCUUGACCAUGCAAAUGGAAGAUAAGAUCAACACUUUCGAGAAGAAGAUGACACAAAAUACUCCGUGGCUGAAUGGCUCGGGAUACUUGAAGCGUGACAAGUCAGGUAGAUUGGCAGCCAAAGCAGUACCAGUCCCAAAGACAAACAAAGGCCAGGAGGUGAAGGAUCCUAUCGAUUGGUGAACGUUCAUGCGUUCGGAAUGUACGAUGAUGUGGUAAGAGAAAAAGAUUCGCAUAUGGGUGGCUAGCUGCGAUGAAUUCUGGUUUUACAAUUGCUCCUGGUGCGUCUUAGUGAUUGCCCGAGAAAUAAUACUCAGACAUUGAGAAGAAA